GUAUUUUACCAAGGCAGCCCUAGACUUGACCCUUCCUAAAUCUUGGGGGGUAAAACAAGAUUAAUUCAAAUGCGCAUGCGCAUUAUCACACGCCGGGAAGCAUGGCGCUUGGUUUUAAACAGUGACUAUUUAAAUCCUGCAUUUAAAGACCGCAUCACCUCUCAGACACAAUCACUGAAAAGAAUUUGGUUUAGCAUCUCUGACUAAAUGCUUGGGACGGCAUCAGGUCCAUUCCGCUCCAGAGAAGCAGAUGGUGUAUCUGUGAGCAGGCUGAAAAUGAAGAAAAAAAGUUCACACAAACAUAAGCACAAGCACCGUGCGGGGUUAACUAAGUCAAUAAUUCCACCUGUGCGAAACAUUAUUGGCUGCAGGAUAAUGCACAAAUGGAAGGAGGAUUGUUCCAGUCCAGUAUCAUAUUGGACUGGGAAGGUGCUAGACCAAAUUCCAGUAAACCCUUCCCUCUAUCUUAUCAAGUAUGAUGGAUUUGAUUGUGUAUAUGGCCUGGAGAUUUUCAGAGAUGAGAGGGUUCAAGGUCUUGAGAUCUUGCCUGAUAGAAUCGCUCCAUAUCGAAUUAACGAUGCUCAUUUAGCUGAGAGGAUGUUGGGCCGAGCUGUGGAGCACCAGUUUGAGACAGAAGAUGGAUCAAAGAGUGGCUGGAAAGGGUUGGUGCUUGCCAGAGCUCCCAUCAUGCCCACAUGGUUUUUCAUUACCUAUGAGAAAGACCCAGUUCUAUACAUGUACCAACUUCUUGAGGACUAUAAAGAAGGUGACCUUCAAAUACUCCCAGACACAGUGAAUCAGAUUAGGAGAAACAUUCUGAGAAGUAGACAGCUUUUAGGACAGAAGUAUGAGACUGGUUGCUUUGUCUGGCUAGACACCUGCCAUCCAGACAAAGGAGUACACACAGACCCUGGUGUUUCACGGGGUAUAGUUUCUAGAGCUAAGACAAAGGAAGAACCCACUGAGGCUGGUGAAGAAAGUCUUGUUGGAAGGCAAGUGGAGUAUGAGAACGAGAAUGGCUCAAAGAGAACCGGCACGAUUAUUCAUCAGGUUCAGGCUAAGCCAUCCGUAUACUUUAUUAAAUUUGAUUAUGACUAUCACAUCUAUGUUUAUGACAUGGUUCAAAAAAGUGUAGACAUGCAGAAAAGAUGGUUUGUGGCCAUGGUGGCCCGAACAAAAAUUCUUAUUAUGGUUGCACUUUGUUUUACUCUAUUCCUAUUUAAACCAGCCUGCAGAUAUCCUAAAAAUCACAACAAACAAAUUUUGCCCAAAGUGACAACGGAUGAUAUGAAAUAUCAAGCUUUGCUGCAGGAACAUGAGGAGAAAUAUCAGCACUAUUCUACAAGGCUAAGAAAGCAGAUAUUCCAUUUGAAAUAUGCUCUCAGAGAGAAAAGACAUCUACAAAAGUCCAUGCAACAGGCUGCUAUAAUGCAUCCAGUGGAGCUGGAGGAAACACACACGAGUAACUCAGAACUUGAGGUGUUCUUUCACAAGCAGCUGCAUCGUAUGAAAAGUGAUGGGAGUGCAAAUAUACCAAAUGAGCAUGCUUUAGUGCCAUUUGAGAGUUUUACACUACACAGUGUCUAUCAGCUUGACCCUGGACUCACAAGGGAUCCUGUGCGAAAAACACUUCGAAAGGAUAUGGCUGGUGCAUUAGAAGCAGCUCUGCACAUCCUUAAUGGUCCUAAAGAUAAGGAUGACCCACAGUAUCGUAAGAUAUACUUACCACGUGAUUUCUUUGAGGGAAUUGUUCAUUCUGAGAGAGAUAAAGGAUCUCUAUAUGAUCUCUCAUUCAGAGACAAUUCUUCUCUGGACUUCAGGAGGCUGGAGCUCUUUCGGCCAUUUGCUCCUCUGCAAAAUGUGAAGGAAGAAGCAAUUGACACAUCCAGGAUGCUAAUAAAUAUUAUUGUGCUAUUGGCCAUGAGGGUUGACACAUUUCAACAAUUUAUGAACAAUUUUAGGGAAGUUUGUGUUGAGGAUGAACAAAUCCAUCUUACUGUUGUGUAUUUUGGAACAGAGAAGUUAAAGGAAGUAAGAAGAAUAAUAGACACCGUUGCAAGAAGAAUGAGAUCAAGGAACAUCACUCUUAUCCAUCUAAGUGAGAAGUUUUCCAGAGGACAGGCUUUGAAUAUGGGAGCUCGAGCUUGGAAGAAGAGCAACGUCCUCCUAUUUUUCUGUGAUGUUGAUGUCCACUUUACUGUUGAUUUCCUAAACUCCUGCCGCGUUAACGCCCAACCUGGUAAAAGAGUCUUCUACCCGAUACCUUUUAGUCAAUACAACCCAGAUGUAAUUUAUGGAGACCAUAUGCCUACACUUGAAAAACAGCAGAUAAUCAGUAAAAACACUGGAUUCUGGAGAGAUACUGGCUUUGGAAUAACAUGCCAGUAUUUGUCAGAUUUCAUCAACAUAGGAGGUUUUGAAGUAACAAUCAAAUCUUGGGGAAAAGAAGAUUUGCACCUCUACAGAAAAUACCUUCACAGCAAACUUAUGGUAGUGCGUGCACCUUCACGAGAAAUAUUCCAUAUGUGGCAUAAGACAACUUGUUCAGAAAACCUACCAACAGAAUCAUUUAAUGAGUGCAUACAGACUAGAGCCAUGAAUGAGGCCUCUCACAGUCAGAUGGGUAAAUUAUUCUUUCACCAACAAAUAGCCAAUCAUCUGCACAAAUACAAUCAAACAGAAAAUUCAUGAUAGUGUGGCUUUGCAUAUACAUGAGGAAAAUAUUUUAUGCCAUAAACACUUUAAUAAUGUGUUUAUUUGUAAUUUAUUUGUAUGCAAAUCUGUAUAAGAUUUUACAUAACUAGUGGAUUUAUACAAGAUACAGAUAAAAUCCAUAAUAUGACUAUGUUUUUAUAAUGCUCUAUAAUAUUCUCCUCUAUGCUAUAGCACUGAAGACAUUUGGGUUUGAGAUCAAAAGAACAUGAAUCAAAUUUCAGCUUGCAUUGAUCUAAUAUGAUGAAAAAACUAAUCAUCUAAAAAUUAGAACAUGACAACCCCCAAAAUUUUAAUGUGAGACUGGUUUCUUUGUGAAUUCCAGUCUGGCCUUCUGAUUUUUACUGCUAAUGAGUGUUUUACAUCUUGUGUUAUGGCUUUCUUUAUUUGUUCUCUUCGAAUGGUGGAUUAUGAUACCUUCACUGGUGGUGGAUAGAGCUGAUGUCACUGACCUUCUGGCUGAUGUCAAACUUUCACAAUAUUUCUUUCAUUAACUGCUGUUGAUAUCCUUGACUGAUCUGUUCGAUGUCUUGUUGUUAGUAUACCAGCGAUUUCUUUCUUCUUCCGGACAUUCCAAAUUGAUUUUGCAAUGGAAUGUGCAAUGCUGGAAAAUAGCUUGCUUUUCUCAUAGACAGCUCCUUGGUCUUCAUGUUGGUUUAUCCUUUAUUUGAUGACACAUCUAGUUGGAAAUAUCAAGAAAUUAAUGCUGUCUCUAUUGGCCUUGGUUUCUGUUUGUAAGACUAGGGUCUGAACAUGUUUAACAUAAUACUGUAAGGACAACGUAUUUAAAAAUGUUUUACUUGUGCUAAAUUCUGCUUAUAUUCAUGUAUGACUGUCCACUUUUCCUCCACUUUACACACAGCAAUGCACAAAACACUACAUCAAUAAUGACGUUAUUCUCAUAAAAAGCCUUUAGUACAAUUUUGCUUAGUCUUUAUAGUCAGCACUGUAUUGUCAGUCCAUGACUUUAAUUUUUCUUUUAUAUACUAUAGUAGAAUAUUAGGUUUAUGUUUAAUGAUUGUCUCAUCUGUGUUUAAAGCUGUUAGAUUCUACAGUAUGUUUAUUUAUUUCUAGGAGAGAUAGUGGAAUGUGUUAUGAAGGACUUUCUCAACAAGUACAGUA